AUGAGCUCCGGUAAACUCUGUGAUAACGAUCUAAAUCAAUAUAACAACUGUCUGAUGGCUCUCGAAGAUGGGCCUCCCCUCCUGGAGGGAGCAAGCAAGAGAAGCUUUUUAGAUAUGACAACUAGUGGUGGUAAGGAAAUGAUUACGCCACCAAAUUCAACGAUUAGGAAAUCAGGCCCACAAGACUUAAGCCUGAACGGAUUGAGGCCUCCAUUAUCACCUGCACUGUCGUCACCCAUUGCAUCGAGACCAAAGAAGCAAAGAUCCGAAGGAAAUAGCGGUAGUAGUGGCAGUAGUGGAUCGUUACGUUCAAACGGAAAUUUUACACUUCAAGAACUAUUAGAAUCAUUGGAAAAGCGUAGAGAUAAUGGAGAGUUGACCAAAAAGCCACCGUAUUCUUACGCGACGCUAAUUGGACUAGCAAUUCUGCAAUCGGCACUGGGUAAGCUAACACUGUCGCAGAUCUACAAUUGGAUUUCAGUUCAUUUUCCCUACUAUAAGCAAAAGGAUGCAGGUUGGCAGAAUUCUAUCAGGCAUAACUUAUCACUAAACGAUGCAUUCAUAAAGACUGAAAAAUCGAACGAUGGCAAGGGUCAUUUUUGGCAAGUAAAACCAGGUUGUGAGACUAAGUUUUUCAAAGGUGAGACUGGUUCAUAUGAAGACGUUAGAAGCAAAUUGCGAGAUUUAGACAGAUUCUUUGAUAAUCCUGAAGAAGAAGACGUGGAAGAAACUGAAGGACCAACUAGCGGAUUGGCAGCACCUGCAUUCCAACAACCUCGUAGACUCCACAUCUCUGCAGAUGAAGAAGAGGAAGAAGAAGAAGAAGAAGAAGAAGAAGAAGAAGAAGAAGAAGAAGAAGAAGAUGAUGAUGAUGAUGAUGACGAAGACGGGGACGAGGAUGACGAACACAGAGCAGUCGAUGGACCCCAUAUUGGUAAUGAUGAAUCCUAUAACAAUUCAAUUUUUCACAUCCACUCGUCGCCUGGUGCGGCUCCAUUGCAUUUGAAAGAUUUACACACAAGAGAUUCGUUUCCCGAUGAUAAUGAUGAGGGUGCGAAUAACGAGUUUGGAAACGUCAAAAGAUAUCCUGAUACCAUCUUUUCACCACAAGAUUUCAAAAAAUAUUCAUGUUCUUUCAAUUCAAGUUUUGAAGAAACCUCACCAAGACCUACUCGAGUUGACGAACCAUUAUUCGACUCAAACGAUUUUGCUAUUGAUGAAGAACAUCAACUACGGCAAUCUCCGUUGGAAAAUGUUUCGCAGAUGGAUUUAUUAAAGACUCCAAAGGCAUCAAGUGGUCCGAAUUAUGAAAGAACACCUAUGAGAUUUAUUACUUCGCCUCGUGAUGGUUCAGCUAGUAUGAAAAGAUGGCAAACCCCUUCACACCUUUUCGAGGAUUUAUACUGCUCACCAUUAUUCAAAAGUGUUUGUACACCAAUGAAGGAAGGACUACCUGGCGUUUCUCCGAGAAACGUUUCUGCUCCGGAUAUAAUGUCUUCCAAUAGAAGAACUAAAAUCUCAUCUAGUGGGUUAUUUGGAGUUGACGUUUAUGCAGUUUGGAAAAGAGCUACAGAAAGUACAAUGUCUAGGAAUAACGAUAACGGGAAUAAUCAAAAAUUAGGUAUCCCAUUCAAAUCGACUCCUAGUCGUGAGCGGGACGGUAAUAUGGGAGAUACAACGGAUGGCGAUAAGGAACGAUAG